AUGGAUAAACUCUCCGGUCUCGCUUCCAAGCUCGGUGGCAACAAGGGCUCCAACCAGUCUUCUGGACAGGAGGAUUAUGCUGACAAGGGUCUCGAUUCUGCCGAGAGUAAGCUCAGUGGCGGCAAGGUCGACCCCGCCAAGAUGCGCUCCACCAACGAGAAGAUCACCGAUACUGGCCGCGACCAGUUCGAAAAGGCCACUGGAAAAAACGUUCCGGACAAAUUUUCCAAUUAA